UCAAUACUUUUUCAGAUAUAAUGAAUACCUUUAAGCAAUUCAGCUAUGAAGCAAUGAAUACCAAUGGCGCACUUGGAAUUUGGAUUACCAACCGUUUUUAUUCAGUAAUGGUGAAUCCCAUGGAUUUGGAGGUUGUGUUAAAAACUUGCUUGGAAAAGGAUGAUCUACUUAGAUUUACGCAAGAUGUUAUCGGUAAUGGCAGUAUAUUUGCACCUGUACCAAUUUGGAGAAGUCGUAGAAAAGUUAUAGCAGCAGCUUUAAACUCGAAAGUUGUUGACAACUUAAUUGAAAUUCGAGCAGAGCAAAGACAAAAACUUGCACAAAAAUUGUCUAGUAUAUGUGGACCUGAACCAGACAACAUUUGGCCUGUUCUAUCAGCUUAUACUUUAGAUUCCUUAUAUGAGUAUCUGUAAGAUAAAAAAUGAAACACAAAGCAAAAAGCAUCUUCAUGACUUUUGUGAUAAACGGAAAUCUAUCGUUGAGUUAAUGAUUAACAUAUCCAGCGGUAAAAAGCAAUUUACAGAUUUGGAACUUCGUGAGGAGUUCCUUGUUAUAGCUGCAGCAGGGUCUGACACCACUGCGGGUACAAUUGGUUUUACCCUUAUGUUAUUAGGAAAAUAUCCAGACGUCCAGCAAAAAGUUCAUGAAGAGAUGGAAGAAGUUUUCGGAGAUUCUAAACGUCCAUUAGAGAAGGAAGACUUACCUAACUUAAAGUAUUUAGAGAGAGUUGUGAAGGAGUCUUUAAGGUUGUUCCCGCCUGCGCCGUUUAUAUUGCGAAAAGUGGAAACAGAUUUUACAUGUCCGUCAGGCCUGAUUAUUCCUAGUGGUUCAGGGAUAAUGGUUUCGAUUUUUGGAGUUCAUCGCGACCCCAAGUACUGGGGUCCGGACGUAGAACACUUCGACCCCGACCGGUUUUUGCCUGAACGAUUCAACUUGCAGCACGCCUGUAGCUAUAUGCCAUUUAGUAACGGGCCACGAAACUGUAUUGGUUAUAGAUAUGGCUUUGUAUCAGUUAUGACGGCACUAACGUUCAUAUUAAGAGACUUUAAAGUUGUAGGAGAACCAGAAAAGAGGCCUGUUCCUAACAUAAGGCUCAAGUUGGAGGUGACAAUGAAGGCAGUUGAAGGAUACAAUGUUCAGUUGGAGAAAAGAAUACCUACCCAAGGGUGACGGAAUAACUAAAACUAAAAUUCUGUAUGGAACAAUGAUUCGACGAAUUCAUUGUAAAUCUUAUAAUUAUGCACAUAAAAUGAAUAGGUACUUAUGUCUUUUAAUAUCGUUAUAAUUCGGCUUUACAAAUUUUAAUACUUUUUGGUAAUAAUAGGUAGGUUCUUACGGUGGAAGUGUUUUAAUAAAAGGUUUAA